GGUCUCACUAAGAUUCAUAAACCUGGCUGCCCUUUUCGUCCUAUUGUUUUCUCUGUAAACACUUAUAAUUAUAAUCUCGCAUCAUACCUUGUGGAUAUACUUCUGCCAAUUUCCGCAAAUCAGUUCACAAGCAAGGCCUCUUUUAGUUUUGCGCACUUGGCCAAAUCAUAUAACCAUAACAACGAGGUGAUGUGCUCAUUUUACUUUAGCUCUUUGUUUACAAUUGUUCCACUCGACGAGACAAUACAAUUUUGUCUUAAUAAACAAGCUAUGUUCUCCCCGAUCCACCAACACUAUCCCGCUCCGUCUUAA